CCAACUCCACCUUCUCAUCUCACUUGCCAUUGCCAAAGGCCUCUCACUUCACAGUCUCAAGCAAUAGUAAGAGAUCACAGAUCCUUAGUUUGGAAUUUUCGCACCGCCCUUUGUCCAAAAACAUGAAGGUUUUCGAAGUGGAAGUCCUCUCGAAAGAGACGAUUAAGCCAGCAUCUCCGACUCCCGACCACCUCCGCCAUUACAGCCUCUCCUUCCUCGACCAGAUAUCGCCCCCGGUUUUCAUGCCGUUGGUCAUUUUCUUCCCUAAGGAUGACAUAAGCAACGAGGAAAAGUGUGGGCGCAUCAAGAAGUCUCUGUCUGAGGCCCUCGCCCGAUUCUAUCCUAUGGCUGGCCGGGUCAAGGACAACAUGUACAUCGACUGCAACGACGAGGGAGCUCACUAUGUUGAGGCUAGGGCUCACUGUGACCUUGUUGAUGUUCUCAAAAAUCCCGUCCCGGGGUCGCUGAACAAGUUCCUUCCCUUCGGGCUUGAUGAUGUGAAUGAGCUAGCCGCAGCGGUCCAGGUUAACAUUUUUAACUGCGGUGGACUAGCUAUUAGCUUGUUGAUGUCGCACAAGGUCGCUGAUGCUCUGUCCUACUUCACGUUCCUCAACAGCUGGGCCGCGAUCGCCCGUGGCGAAACUAACCUCAUAAUAAACCCUUGUUUCGACUCAGCCACUCUGUUCCCCCCGGUGGACAUGUCGGGAUUGCGCCUGAACAUGGGUAUCGUGAAGGAGAACAUUGUCACAAAGAGGUUUGUGUUUGAUGCCCCUGUGCUUGCGAGCCUCCGUGAAAAGUACAACGACGCCACUUCCGAGGAAUACCAGAGACCCCCGACCCGUGUCGAGGCCCUCUCGACUUUCCUCUGGAGCCGGUACAUGGCCAGCACACAAGUGAAAGAAGAAGCCGCUGACGAGGAUAAUAACAAUAAGCUCUAUUCGGUGCUUCACGCGGUGAACUUACGCACUCGGAUGGAUCCGGCACUCUCAGAGCGCCACUUUGGCAAUAUUAGUCGGAUUGCAGUAACAAGGCCGAAUACGUAUAUCAGUGGCGACGCAGGGUAUAAGAUAGUGAAUCAAGUAAGAGACGCAAUAAGGCAGGUUAACGUGGAAUAUGUGAAGAAGCUCCAACAAGGAGAUGGACACCUGAACUCCAUGAGGGAGCGCGGGGAGAAGAUCUCGAAGGGAGACUUCGUCUCGUUCAGCUUCACCAGCCUGUGCCGGUUCCCGAUAUACGAGGCCGAUUUUGGGUGGGGGAAGCCGGUCUGGGUUGGUUCAGCGAGCUUGACAUUUAAGAAUCUGAUCGUCUUCCUUGACACGAAGUCGGGAGACGGAAUUGAGGCUUGGGCUAACCUCAAGGCCGAGGACAUGGCCAAAUUCGAGAACGACAAGGAGCUCCUCGCGUAUGCCUCCCCGAACAUUAACGUGAAAAGCUAUAUCCUAUAGGGAGAGGGUAUUUUCCAUGCCUCAGCUGCACUAUGUGGCAAGACAACCGAUCGAUAAUAUGAAGUAAUGAUAUUAUUGGUCAGUUGUACGUACCGCGUUUUGCAUGCAACAGAUGCAUAAAAUGUUUUCUCAUGUUCCCGAUCGACCUCGCAAGUUACUACAUAUUGGUUACUUCGGAUGUCCAUUUCAUGACAUAUUAGUUAUUUGUGCUUCUGAACAUACUAUAUAUCUUGAGGCUUUAUCUUCCAUCUUUUUUGUGGUCUUUUUUCCCCGUUUUCUUUUUCUCCCUGUGAUUGCUUGUAAAAGUGUGCGGAAUAAAUUCAAUCCAAAGUGUAAAAUUAGAUACAAAAGCAUAUAUUCAUAGAUUGAUUAUGA